AAUAAGCCAGUUCGUAAAUACGAUUUGCGCAUGCGCGAGUCUCCGUAGUACCACUUCCGGGGCAUGUCAAUAUGACCAAGAUUCCGAGCUGCAGUGGCGAAGCUAUGGUACCCGCACGAUGUUUUCUGCUAUUGACGUGAACUUUUGUCUUUUAUUUACGUCUUUCAAAGAAUAACCGCGCAUAAAAGGGACACCAAACGAUGAACGAUUUGCACUGAAUUCCAUAAUUUUGACUGUUUUCCUCGGAUUUAAAUUCCGAUUCUUUUAUUUACUUUUACGGCUAUUUAUAGCCCCUCUCUCUCGAAGCAGUGCACUGGAAUACAACACAUAUUUCUAUAUGUGGGACAACGGUCAUUACUACUACUAGAUAGAGCUCUCUGGUGUCGUCAAAUUUCUUGCCAUGGGAUUGAUCUGCUGCAUGGUUGGCUGCUCCAGCAGCUCUUAUCAGUUGAAUAAGUGGUACUCCCAACUCUGUGAAAUACACGGACUUAAAUUUGGGAGCUGCAUAUGCAAGCCUCCAUUUCAACUAUUUACAUUUCCUUCGGAAAGCAAAAAUCCUGAUGCUCGGAGAAGAUGGAUUAGAAUCGUGAAUAGGCAGACAGAAAAGGCUAGUCAUUGGAAACCAAAACAGUGUCAUAGGGUAUGCUCCCUUCAUUUUAAUGAUAAGGAGCCAACAUCUGCAUGGCCUGAUCCAACAAAGAAACUUGGUUAUGAGCUAGGCAAAUCUAAACAAGCGAAAUCUCCAAGAGCGGCACCAAAAGAGAGACCUUACUCUGAAGUGGUCAAGCAACAAAGACAGAAACGCAAGCGGAAACAUGUAGCUCCCCACACCGACUCGAUGCCAGACAUCGAAGUAACGGAUCCUGUAGAUGAUACAGUUUCUCAAGUUGAGAGUGAAGACCAUUUAGGUAUUCCAGAAGCAGUACCAUAUUUGAAACCACUCCUUCAAGAUCAUGACUAUAUCAAUACUACAUGGGAUAGCACUCCUCCUGCAAAGAUAUCGAGACCAGAAUCUACAUGUACAUCAAGAAAUGACAUUGCUCUUCAUGACCAUGACUAUGCUGAACCGUCAACAUCAUCAUCUGAGAACUGUAGUGAGUGCAGCAAAAAAGAAGACCAGCUAAUGGAAAUGAAUGGGAAGUUAAAGAAACUUGAGCAAAAAGUAAAGAACCUGAAAAGGUUGCCAAAGCGUAGUGUAUCAUAUGAUAUAACUAAUGUAGUUCUCAAGUCUGAUAAAACAGUGAAGGACUAUACUGGAAUAGAGAGUAGAGAUAAAUUUGAAGCACUUCAUACAUAUGUAGAACCAAGAGUGAAAAAGCUACGUUACUGGACAGGAACAAAGAAAGAAAGUUCACCCAGGUCAUCACCGAGAGCAAAACGUAUUAGAACACCUCAGAAGCCGGGUCCCGCAAGGUCACUUAACAGUAGACAAGAGUUUAUCUUGGUGUUAAUGAAACUAAGGCUAGCACUAACUGUCUCUUUCUUGGCAGGCUUAUUUCACAUCACAAGCAGUACAGUAUCUCAGAUCUUUAAUACAUGGAUAAAGUUCUUAGCAGCUGAUCUAAAGCCAUUAAUUCAUUGGCCUGACAAGCUAUCAAUCCAAAUGACAAUGCCUAAGUCCCUGCAAAAAAAAUACCAGCAUUUAAGAUGUACCUUAGAUUGCACUGAAGUCUUUAUUGGUCGGCCAAGGAACUUAGCUAACCAAGCUCGUACUUGGUCUGACUAUAAGAAACAUAAUACUGUUAAAUUUCUCGUAGCAAUUGCUCCCAAUGGUAUGAUAUCAUUCCUUUCACAUGCUUGGGGUGGUAGAGCUUCUGAUGUGCUCAUUACUCGAAAAUCAGGUAUUUUGGAAUUAAUUGAUCCUGGUGAUGUGGUUCUUGUAGAUAGGGGGUUUUUAAUCAAGGAAGAUCUACUACUGAGAGGUGCAAAACUAGAAAUGCCCCCACCUAGCAAAGGUAAAGAACAACAAACCCCUGGUGAUGUUGCAAAAACGAAGAAAAUUGCAAAUGCUAGGAUACAUGUUGAAAGGGCAAUAGGAAGAAUUAAAUGGUUUGGCAUCUUAAAGGAGACUCUGCCUAUUUCUCUUGUUCCCCUUAUUGAUGAUAUUGUAGUUGUAUGUGCAGCUCUUGUCAAUUUGCGCAGCCCCUUGGUUAAGUAAAAUAUGUGAGGUUGGUGUCCAUAAUACAGUCGACCUUAUUGGUAGAAGUCAAUUGCAUUUCUAAAUCAACUCCUCCUUUUUUGGUUUAAACCUUUCAUGAAAGUCACUUUUUCUUUUAUUUAUGAUUUUCUUUGACCCAAUCAAAUCACUUUUAGGCAAGGUUGACUGUAUUGACUACCGUAAAUUUAUUAAGUUUUCUGGCAUGUAAUUAUAUGUUCUUUUUAAAUGCUUUUAUAUAUUAUUCAAGUACCAGCAUGUCAAUAAUCAUUGUAAAUUUUUUAUUGAGUUUUUGUACGAUUUAUGGUAAAUACAUUUUCUUGUACAUGUAAAAAUAUUUUCGUUUUGAACAAACCUUCAUUUUAGAAGUUAAAAUUUUAUUGUAGAGUCCAUUUAUGUUAACAAGACCAGGCUUAUUUACAAAUCCUCAUAACUGUAGAGACGCAUAUGUGCAAAAAUUUGUUAAAUAAAUUGCCUGGUGACGAUGUUAUAACAGAAGUGAACUUUACCCACUGUACAUCACCCAUUCUCAAGUUCACACUCACUAGUUCUCAGUCUCUCUCUCUUUUUCUCGCUCACACUCACACACACGUAAAUUCAUGCAAUUGAAAAUAGGACAGACAGAACAUCAUUCAGAAAAAUGAUCAGCUUGAUUUGUUGAAUGUAUACAGGGUAUUUUAAUUCCAGUUUGUUACCUUUUUAUUUAUGAAUGUCAAAUACAUUUCGAUUUCCAAACAAAAUGAAGUGUUGAUACAAAACAAUGAUAUGCCAUUUUACCAGUUAUCUUUCAUGUAUGUAAUUUCUGUAUUUACAGUGUAUAUAAAACAUGAAGUGUACUCAUUUAAAAUACAUGUAUAAUGUGGAAGAAUGCAUAUAAAAUCGAUUGCAAAGUGACCAUCUGUACACAAAUUUAGAAUCACUGCCAGUAACGGCUUGUACUAUGUCUAUGCAGUAAAUUGUUAAGAGUAAUCUAUCAUAAUUUACAUUGAAUAAAGUAGAAAAAAAAAUAGAA